AAGCUAGAAUCUCCUGAGUGCUGGGCGCGAACAUGGCGUCCUCCACCUCUGCUCGGACACCGGCGGGGAAGCGAGUGGUGAAUCAGGAAGAACUGAGGCGUUUGAUGAGGGAGAAGCAGCGCCUUAGCACCAACCGGAAGAGGAUAGAAUCCCCGUUCGCCAAGUACAACCGUCUGGGGCAGCUGAGCUGCGCGCUAUGUAACACCCCGGUCAAGAGCGAGCUCCUGUGGCAGACCCAUGUUCUGGGAAAGCAGCACCGGGAGAGAGUAGCGGAGCUGAAGGGCGCCAAGGGAGCAACCCAGGGCCCAUCGGCCGGCACUGCACCUCAGCCCACCAAGAGGAAAACGACGGAUGUGGAGAGCCAAGACGCCAAGAAAGCCAAGGCCUCCGUGGAUCAGGUACAGCCCUCCACCUCAGCCUCAUCCGCCAACUUUGAGAAAUCGGGGAAAGAGGCCACUCGGGCGGCCUCCAGUAAAACUGGACUCGGUUUACUCCCUGAUUAUGAAGAGGAGGAAGAGGAAGAGGAGGAAGAAGAACUGGGAGGUGGGGAAGAAAGAAGGGACAGCAGCAAGCAUCUUCCUGAUGCACAGGGCAGAGAACACUCACUUGCCUCUCCGAGGGAGACAACAAGCAAUGUACUGCCAAAUGAUCCCUUUAAUACAAAUCCUCCCAAGGCCCCCUUAGUUCCUCACUCAGGGUCAAUUGAGAAAGCAGAAAUACACGAAAAAGUGGUGGAAAGGAGAGAGAACACCGCCGAAGCAUUACCAGAAGGAUUCUUCGACGACCCUGAGGUAGAUGCAAAGGUCCGGAAAGUUGAUGCCCCAAAGGAUCAGAUGGACAAAGAGUGGGACGAGUUUCAAAAGGCUAUGAGGCAAGUCAACACUAUCUCUGAAGCGAUCGUCGCUGAAGAGGAUGAGGAGGGACGGCUGGACCGGCAGAUUGGAGAGAUUGAUGAGCAGAUAGAAUGUUACCGUCGAGUGGAAAAGCUUCGGAAUCGCCAGGAUGAAAUAAAAAACAAACUUAAAGAGGUUUUGACCAUAAAGGAGCUUCAGAAAAAGGAAGAGGAGAAUGUGGACAGUGAUGACGAGGGAGAAUUACAGGAUUUGCUGUCUCAGGACUGGAGGGUAAAGGGGGCUUUGCUGUAAGCUUUUGAAGACCCAAGCAUUCCAUAGGUCUCCGCUGCCCCUUAAGAAGUGCUGUGUCCAAGUUCUUGGGUUCCUCUGUCCUCGGAUACCCUUGUUGGGAUAAAGUAAGCCAGUGAGCAGUAAUACUUUGGGGAUGGUACUGCGUGUGGUGCUAUUUAUUAUAAAAUGUUUGAGGUAAAA